CCAACAUAUCACCUUCCGCCAAACUUCUCGACCCCACCACCUCCCAAGGGUCCAUUCCAUUUGGGCACCGUUAUCAAAGACUUCGACCGCAAGGAGCAAAUGCGCCCGCUCAACCACGGCAAGGACAAGGACGGAAAUGCCAAGCGGAUCGCAAUCGACACGGAUGACAUCUAUUUGGACCACAAGGGCGGCUUUGAGGCCACGCGGUGGCGCCUCAAGAGCGGCGAGCUGGGGCUGUGGGCCAAAUGCGUGGGAGUGGAUGGUCUCGGCGGCGAGGCCAGCAUCUCGGGCAAACGCAGCGAGAACGACACGUACAAGUUCGACAGCGUUGACACGGAAUACUUCUACCCCUCGCCCGCGUAUAUCUCGCAGUGUAUGGGGCUCUCCGACGUCAAGGAGUACAUGGAAGUGACCAAGUACAGGAAGGCUGUGUAUCUCGUCACGGGACUCAAGGUAGACAAGGGAGCCUCCGUUCGCUUCGAGGCCAAUAACGAGAUUAGGGGCAGGCUAGAAGCGGGACUGAACAACCCUAAAUUUCCCCCAAUCCAGCUUGGCCCGCGUGCGGAGGGCAGCGUCGAGAACAAGCCCGUCGACAACUUCAAGGAGUCGAGCGACAUUCUCGUGGGCAUACAGUGUCUCAAGAUCUACUACAAGUCUAGUAUCUUC